AUGGCCAGGCCGGGCGCAAGGAGCGCGGGCGACGCCGGCUCCUGGCAGGCGCGGAGGAUGCGGCGGCGGCGGGGACCGGUGUCUGCCGCCUGCGCAUCUUCCAUCCACCCUCUGCCUCAGCAGACGGGGCGGCAGCCACUCGGGGUCGGCGUGUCAGAGAGCGCCGUAGGCUGCCGCGACCCUGCGGCUAGGGCCUCCAGCCUGCGGUUUGCGCGAGAGCCAGGGAACCCCGCAUCUAACCCACCCAGCGCCAGGCCUGCGCCUUGGGAUACAGCCAUUGGUUAUGACCAAUACUGUUCCCCGUUUCACAGAGGCCGCCUGGGGCGGGAGCGGAAGGAGGACUUGACCCCGGCCCCCCAGGUGAGCCCCCGCGCCCCUCCUGCCGUUCCCGAGGGAGCAGAUCCAGACGAGGGCGAGAGGAUUUACCCAGAAAGCCUAGGAGAAGGCUGGGCGGCAUCCCAGAUGGAGAUGCAAAGCCUGGGGCCGAGGCUUCGCGCGCUGGAGGACCAGAAGAGGCGGGAUGAAGUGGGAGGGGGAGCGCUGGGCCAAAACCGGAGCCUGCAGCAGGUGGGGAUAGAGGAGGAAGUGCCCGCCGGCGGCCCGGGCCCCGCCGCCCAAUCCGCGCGGCGGCCGCCGCCGCUGCUGCCCCUACUGCUGCUCUGCGUCCUCGGGGCGCCGCAAGCGGGAUCAGGAGCCGACACGGCUGUGAUCAGUCCCCAGGACCCCACGCUCCUCAUCGGCUCCUCCCUGCAGGCCACGUGCUCAGUGCACGGGGACCCACCAGGGGCCACCGCCGAGGGCCUCUACUGGACCCUCAACGGGCACCGCCUGCCCCCUGAGCUGUCCCGAAUGCUCAACGCCUCCACUCUAGCCCUUGCCCUGGCCAACCUCAACGGAUCCAGGCAGCAGUCGGGGGACAACCUCGUGUGCCACGCCCGUGACGGCAGCAUCCUAGCCGGCUCCUGCCUCUAUGUUGGCCUGCCCCCAGAGAAACCCUUCAACAUCAGCUGCUCAUCCAAGAACAUGAAGGACCUGACAUGCCGCUGGACGCCGGGGGCCCACGGGGAAACCUUCCUCCACACCAACUACUCCCUCAAGUACAAGCUGAGGUGGUAUGGGCAGGACAACACAUGUGAGGAAUACCACACGGUGGGACCUCACUCUUGCCACAUCCCCAAGGACCUGGCUCUCUUCACACCCUAUGAGAUCUGGGUGGAGGCCACCAACCGGCUGGGCUCGGCCCGCUCUGAUGUGCUGACACUGGACAUCCUGGAUGUGGUGACCACCGACCCCCCGCCAGAAGUGCAUGUGAGCCGCGUAGGGGGCCUGGAGGACCAGCUGAGCGUGCGCUGGGUUUCACCGCCUGCCCUCAAGGACUUCCUCUUCCAAGCCAAGUACCAGAUCCGCUACCGAGUGGAGGACAGCGUGGAUUGGAAGGUGGUGGACGACGUGAGCAACCAGACCUCCUGCCGCCUGGCAGGCCUUAAGCCAGGCACCGUCUACUUCGUGCAAGUGCGCUGCAACCCCUUUGGCAUCUAUGGCUCCAAGAAGGCAGGGAUCUGGAGCGAAUGGAGCCACCCCACGGCUGCCUCCACCCCCCGAAGCGAGCGCCCGGGCCCGGGCGGCGGGGCGUGCGAGCCGCGGGGCGGCGAGCCGAGCUCGGGGCCGGUGCGACGCGAGCUCAAGCAGUUUCUGGGCUGGCUCAAGAAGCACGCGUACUGCUCGAACCUCAGCUUCCGCCUCUAUGACCAGUGGCGAGCCUGGAUGCAGAAGUCACAUAAGACCCGCAACCAGGACGAGGGGAUCCUGUCCUCGGGCAGACGGGGCGCGGCGAGAGGUCCUGCCAGAUAAGCUCUAGAGGCUGGGGCUGCCCUCCCUGCUGCAUGGAGACCCAGGGGCCACCCCCAGACUGGGGGCCACCUCUGUACCCUCACCUCAGGGUGCCCCAGCCCUCUCGGCAGCAGCUGGGGUGAGCACUCUGAGCUCCGAGGGCCACAACAGCUCUGGCCUCCACGUGAGGUGCACCCCAGUGGGGGGAAUGUGUGUGAGGGGGGCUGAGCUUCCCAAAACGCCUGCCAGGGCUGGGGGUGAAAAAGGGUCAUUACUCCCCGCUACCCAGGACCACUCCAAAGAGUCUUUUUAAAUAAACAAACUAUUUAGGUGCCUUGACUGUGAA